UCUAGGACAACCAGGACUUCUUCGCUGCCAUGGUCGAGAGCACCUCUGCUAGGGUUCAAUGGCCACCGUGGGAAAACAGGGUCAGGCACACAAGGGGGCGGUCGAGCGUUGUUUGCGUGUUUACGUGGAUCUCGUCAAUUGCUUGGAUGUUAACGGCUUUGGCGCUUGGUUCACACGAGACGGUAUCAAUGCUCUCUGCAGUAUUUCAGACCAGCUGUUAUAUAUAGGCCUAUAAGGAUUACUAUGUGCGACAAACAGGUAAGAAAAACCUAGCAUUGAACAGGUGAACGUUUUCACCUUAUGUUGGGGCUCAGGAGCACUCUACAAAGGGAAACAAGUCAUGUAAAUGAUGGAACAGCAGUACCUGUCCUCUGUCUACUUGAAUUACACGAAGUUUGCUUUUCAAUCAAAAAAUAUGCAAGCGAUUAUAAAAAAUACCUGGUGGCCCAAGUGGGUAGAGGGCGCUAAUGUUCUGUCGGUUAUAAGACAUACUCACAUCUGUGGAAGGUUGGCGUGUUCCAUUAAAGGAUAAAUGAAAAGGUACCGUACUAAAAAAACGAAGAGUAUGGUCUUAAGGAAAAUGAAAAAAGAUUUCCAUGAUAUAAAAUGGAAAAAAGAUAUUCAUUUUUGAGGCAUAUUUUAUAUUUCUUGAUAACCCCUCUAAUUUAUGCUUCUAUUCCAUCAGUGGUCGCAGAUAUUCAGAAAUGACAUCAUCGAUGAAUAUACUGGGAACUCGAGGCCUGCUAAGCGCCCCCCCCCCCAACCCCAACAACAAUUCGGGCUCUCACCUCAAGAAAGGUCUUUUGACAACUGUCACAGUUGACGUUACCACAACAAGUUACCUUAAGUCCAGACUGACCGCUACAGGGCCUUAGAAAAGCCAGAAAGCUUAAAGCCGUUCUAAUACGCCCCAAGAAGAAAGCUGAGAAGCUUGUUUUACAUCUUAGGCAACAUCAUAUACUCGGUAUUAAUUAAGAUAUAUACGCCACGAUUUUCAAGUAUGCUUUAAGCCUUUUGAAGAUUUAAUUGUUCCCAGUGCUGACGGGGUAACGAGGUCACAAUUAGAAAUCAACUACCGUAAAGCUAAUAUAUUAUUAUAAUCGAACAGCUCAGAGCUCUGUUACACAAAGCUUGUUAGAAGACCAGGCAGAGGGACAUAUGAAAAACACGUGUUGCCAUGGUAACUGAAUAAAUUAAAGUGGCUUACCAUUGGUGUGUUGACCCUGGAUCACUGGCUGCUCUAUCGCUGAUGAUAGCUCAAGGCCUACAAUAUAUGCCUGGGAGGGCGGGUCAUCCUAAACCCAGCUGAUUGCUCUCAAUGGUUAUAAUUCCCCGUCAGUCGGUCAAUGGACGUCUGUUAUUUGACAUCCUCGCUUUUGCUAUAGCUGAGCCAGAGGACGGGCCCAAUCGGCAAACGUCUCGUGUAUUGUCGAUGAGAGAAUAACAGAUGAAGAGUACUUUGCCAGACCUGAUACCGGCUUCAUUUUCUUUGUUUACUCGGAGAAGGCGCCAUCGAGAUGACCGUGGCUCUGAACGAACUAAUCGAGAAGCUCGGCAAUCCUGGGCGCCUUCAGAUCUUUGUCUUUUUCCUCCUCGGCUUCAAUUACUUCCCAGUGGUGGUCAACUCGCUCAUCAUGGCUGUCUAUGGAUCACGAGUGCCAUUUUACUGUGCAGAUCAAGGUAACGAUGAACACAUGAGCAACUGGACCAACCUGACGUCUUAUAACGUUUCAGAUCUGCCAUGUGACAAUGAAACAUCCAAUCAGUGUGUGUGUUGCAGGUCUGCUUGGGUGUACAACACAACGGAAGUGUCCAUGUUAACUGAGUGGGAUUUGAUCUGCGGAAAUCAAUACCUGAUCGGCUUGUCGACAUCCAUCUUCUUCACGGGUACUAUGGUUGGGGGGUUUCUAUUCGGCUUUCUCUCCGACUCCAUCGGAAGACGACCUGUUGUUUUAAUAACACUGUAUGGUCAACUGCUCAAUGGCAUCGCAAUGUUUUUUGCCCCAGAUUACACAUUGUUUGCUGUUCUCCGAUUCAUUCAAGGAAUAUUCUUGCAGGGCUUGCAGACCACCUCUCAUACUAUGCUGAUGGAGAUGUUUCAGCCUGGUCAUCGCACUGUAGUCGGGGUAUCGCUGGAAAUUUUCUGGGGCACAAGUUACAUCACCUUAGCCGGGAUCUGGUACCUCAUUCAGAACUGGAGAUACAUACAGCUAGCCAUUACUCUACCAACUGCCGUCACCAUAGUCUACAUAUGGGUGUUGCCAGAAUCUUUGAGAUGGCUUUUGUUGAAGAAGAAAUUCCUGAAGGCAGAGAAGCUGGUAAAGACACUGGUGAAGUACAACAAGUUGGACUACCCUGAGGCCGCCAUGAUACAAGUCCGCCUUCAGGUCGUGGCCGCCUCUGACACCAAGACAAACAGCUACACCGUCCUUGACCUUGUCAGAACACCGACGAUCCGGCGAAGGUCACUCAUACUCUCCUUUACAUGGUUCUCGGCGAGUCUUGUGUACGUUGGCCUGUCAUUGGGAGCUACAGAUUUGGCGGGAAACAAAUUCCUGAACCUAUUCAUCAGCGGUGCUGUGGAAUUUCCUGCGUACAUAUCUUCCUUAAUCAUACUAAAGCGCUUUGGAAGACGAAGACCUAAAGCCGCAUACUUCUUUGCAUGCGGACUGACAUGCAUUGGCUCGGGAUUUAUUUCCAAAAAAGACACAAGUCUCCAGCACCUGUCGCUGGCCCUGUUCAUGUUUGGGAAGUACUGUACCGCUGGAAUGUACACUGUCCUCUUUCUCUUUGCAGCUGAACUCUACCCGACUGUAGUAAGGGCAGUAGGCUGUGGAGCAUGCGCGAUAUUCAUGAAGGCUGGUGGACUCGUGGCUCCUCUUGUCUUACGGCUGGGAAGCAUAACCUUCACACAACUGCCCAUUCUUAUCUUUGGAGGGUUUGCUUUGGUGGCAGGGGGGCUAACUCUCCUUCUGCCAGAAACCCUGAACAGCAAACUGCCAGAUAAGAUCGAAGACGUGGAGAUUGAACCGCCUGGAAAGACUGAGGAAACAACAGCUGAUAAACUGAUGGAAACUACAUUCAGUACCUGAUGGUGUCAUUUUCUGAAUUUAAACAUAUAACUUCGCAAAAAAGUAUACAUGUACAAACUCUCAAGACCCAGCUCACACUCCGUCUGCUUUAAAAUAAAAGCAUUAUU